CUGGGCACUCUAGGCCACCAUAUGACUUUUUCUAGACGCGAAAAAUUACAGAAUUACAGAAUUAGUUAAUCAAAGUGAGUUAUUGGUCUAGGGAAGCAAUUACCCAAUAAACCCAUUGUAGGGAAUGAACCCUUUGUAGGAUCGCAUCGAUGUGGUAGCCAGCAUGGCGGGCAUGGAGGUAGAAUUCGAUGAUACCGUGGCCAAUCAGUUCAGCUGCAAGCGCUGCGACCGCACCUUCAAGAGUAAGCGGGACCAGACGCUGCAUCGGCAGGAGGUGCACAACCACAACAAGACCACUUACGAGUGCAAGCUGUGCGCCAAGAGCUUCUGCAACUCGGGCAACCUCGAUCGGCACAUGAAGGUGCACAAUGAUGUCCGGCCCUUUGUGUGUAAUAUCUGUUCUAAGGCCUUUGCCCAGGCUGUAAACCUCCAGCGUCACUAUGCGGUCCACAGUGGCGAGCGACCGUUCACCUGUAAUUUCUGCAACAAGUCCUUCACGCAGCAGAGCAACAUGAAGCGCCACAAGAUGACACACACCGGCGAGAAGCCGUUCCGCUGCCAGCGAUGUGGCAGGUACUUCUCCCAGCUGGUCAACCUCAAGAAGCACAAGCUGGGCCACCUCAACGCCAAGCCCUAUCAGUGCAAUUACUGCGAGAAGGGCUUCACCCAGCUGUCCAACUUCAAGCGCCACCUGCAGUCGCACAUCAAGGAGGGCGUUGAUGUGGAUGUGGCCGCCUCUAUCCAGGCGGCGGCCGCCUUGGCCAGGGAGCGGCUCGAGGCGGAGCAGAAACCAAGCUUUUUCGAGUGUAUGGUGUGUCGGGCCAUCUUCGAUACGUUCGCCGACUACGAGAAGCACGAGAGCAAGUGCCAUGAGGACCACGAACGGGCCCAGCUGGAGGUGAACCAGAUGUCUCACAUGCAUCCCGACGAUUAUUUGCCCAUGAAAUUCGCCGUGCCCGAUCUGGAUACGCACGAAAUCAUAAUUGAGACUACACACUAGAGAUCGCGAUAAUGCUAGGCACGAAACUGGCAACACAUAAACACAUAAACCAACUCACACCUAAACAUACAAAUAGCGGCGACUGCGCCUGGAAGAUAGAUUGUGAAGAAUAUUGCAUUGAUUAUACAUAUACUAUACCGUAUGCAGGCCAACUUAGUUCUCCAUUGAAAUACAACAAUAAAUGCAAGAAUUAUACAGAA